GAUUAUCGGCAAUGUCGUAUCUUACGUGUGUAAUCUUUUAAGGUUGGAGUUUUUGGGAGAUCGCACCAGAAAUACAGAAUAGGUAGUUGUGUAAAAUUGUUAAUAGGAGAAUAAAAGUGUAUUAAUGUAAAAGGUUGCAAGUCAGUAAAACACUUCGUGAUGUGGAUAAUGAAACAUUUAAGAUAACGUUGACUUUCGUCAUGUUGGAAAGCAGACGAGUAGCGAUGUAGCCAGAAAGAAGAGAAAUAAAAUAAAGAAUAGGCAACAUCUCACUGAGAAUUAUAAAGGGGAUAAAAUCCGAGACAAGUUCGUCUUCUAAAUUCUCGCAUGAAAUGGCUUAUCAAAGUUUGCGGCAGGAGUAUCUGCAUAUGCCUGUCGUCACACGGGCUUACACGACUGCAUGUGUCAUCACUACUCUCGCAGUUCAACUGGACCUCGUGUCUCCAUUCCAACUCUAUUUUAAUCCAAUUUUAAUAAUCAAGCGAUAUCAGCUAUGGCGGUUAAUAACGACAUUCCUCUUUUUUGGAACUAUUGGAUUCAAUUUUGUCUUCAAUAUGAUAUUUACGUACAAAUAUUGUCGGAUGUUGGAGGAAGGUUCUUUCCGAGGAAGGACGGCUGAUUUUGUGAUGAUGUUUCUUUUUGGAGGCGUAUGUAUGAUUUUCUUGGCAUUUUUUGUUAAUUUAUUAUUUCUGGGACAUGCGUUUACGAUAAUGUUAGUGUACGUCUGGUCGAGACGAACACCAUUCGUGAGAAUGAACUUUUUUGGACUUCUCAAUUUUCAGGCUCCAUACUUGCCUUGGGUGCUUUUGGGAUUUUCAGUUCUGCUAGGCAAUGCCAUUUGGGUCGAUCUUAUUGGCAUAGCAGUAGGACAUAUAUACUAUUUUACCGAGGACGUAUUUCCUCGACUGCGAGGAGGAUUUCGCAUCCUCAAGACUCCACAAAUACUAAAGACUCUGUUCGAUGCGCACAAUGACGAUCCAGAUUUCACUCCACUUCCCGAGGAUAGGCCUGGAGGUUUCAAUUGGGGACGGGCAGCCAACGUUCAGUAGUGAACGUGUUUCCUACGACAAAAUGAAGAAUAUUUUGCUGCAUUAGGAUGGAACAGAUUUUGCAUUUCGUCAGACUGUCUCUAUUCUUAAAAUACAAGCAGCAAGUUCUCCAUCAGUUUGUUACUAUAUUUUUUGUAUACAUAUAAGUGCGCAGUUAAUGUGGAACUAUCUGUUGUACAUUGUAAAUUGUAGUCAAAACAUUUUACUUGUUUGUUUCAUCUGCCGUCGACAUCGGUUCCGGAAAAUCUCAAGUGCAUGUACUUUGUAUUUCACACACUACAUGCAUCAUGUAUCGAGCAAGUAUUGUUCAAGUAAUGUCGUUAAAGGAAAGUGUAAGUUGUAUUUAAUUUUAUAUAAGUGCGCUACAAGCAAAACAAGUCAUCAAAAGUAAAAUAAUAAUAAUAAUAAUAAUAAUAAUAAUAAUAAUAAUAAUAUUGUGGGUGAUGUCAAUAUUGUUCAUCAUCAAUGUAGCGUUUUGGAAUGUACAAAAAUUCAUUAAAAAUUUAUAUUUGUUAAUGGUUGAAA